AUGUGGCUGUGGCUGGCGGCGGUGCUGGCAGGGCUGUACCUGCUGCGGCGCUGGCACCGGGAGCGGCAGACGGUGCCCGGGCUCUCGGAGAAGUUCGUGCUGAUCACAGGCUGCGACAGCGGCUUCGGGAACCUGCUGGCCCGGCAGCUGGACGCGCGGGGGCUGCCGGUGCUGGCCGCCUGCCUGACCGAGGCCGGCGCUGCGCGGCUGCGGGCGGAAGCCUCCUCCCGCCUGCAAACCGUCCUGCUGGACGUCACCUCCAGCCAGAGCAUCGCCGCCACCGCCGCCUGGGUACGGGAGCGUGUGGGCAGCCGAGGUCUCUGGGGAUUGGUGAACAAUGCAGGGAUCGCUAUUCCCACUGCCCCUAAUGAGUGGCUGUCCAAGGAGGACUUUGCCAAGGUGCUGGAUGUCAACCUGCUUGGCCUCAUCGAGGUGACCCUGAGCCUCCUGCCCCUGCUGCGCCAGGCUCGGGGCCGGGUGGUCAACGUGGCCAGCGUGAUGGGCAGGGUUGCCUUUUUUGGUGGGGGGUACUGCAUCUCCAAGUAUGGUGUGGAGGCCUUCUCUGACGGCCUCAGGCAUGAGCUGUGCCCUUUUGGGGUGCAGGUCUCCAUCAUUGAGCCUGGCAGCUUCCGCACCAGCCUGACCAACCCCUGGGCACUGCUGAAGAACUUGGAGCACCUCUGGGAGCAGCUCCCGGCAGAGGCCAAGGCAGCCUACGGCCAGGGUUAUGUCCAGUCCUACACCAAGGUGCCUGUGCAGCUGUACCCCCUGAUCAGUGCCUGCCUGUCCCACAUCACUGAUGCCAUGGUGCAUGCCCUGCUCGCCUGCUAUCCUCACAGCUGCUACUCAGCCAGCUGGGACUCCUGCCUCCUGUUCCUGCCCCUCAGCUACUGGUUCAGUGAUGCCCUCAUCAGCCUGAUCCUGCCCAGCAUACCCAGGGAGCUGCUCACACGCCCCUGA